GGUGUCUCCGUCCCCCCUCUGGCUCUCUCCGUCCCCCCUGGAGGACUUCCUCUCGCGCUCUCUGUCUCUCUCUCUCUCCCUCCCUCUCUCGCUCUCGUUCGCUUUCCCGCGGGGAGCGCGUGAUUCUCCCGGGACUACGUCUCGCGCGGCGGUGGAUCUGCGCUCGAGCCUUCCAGAGAUGGACUCAGGACCUCUGGUGACUUCCUGAAGACACACAGACACGACGCCGGAUUCCAAAAAGUGGCAGAUUCCUCCGUGGCGGUGCCGGUGUCUCCCGCGGCCUUGUUACCCAUGGACCUCAGGGUGGGGGAGCGGGGGAUGCGCCCCGGCUCGGACACGGCGCUCCUCACCCCGCUGCACCCUCCUCUGCUGCUCACGCAGUUCUCCGCACAGCCCCGCACCUCCUUCUCCCAGCAGCAGCUCCACCAGCACAUCCGGUUUAACAUGGAACAGAGGAGGCGAGAGCAGGAGCAUCACGAGAAGCAGCAGGAGCUGCAACAGCUGAAGCACAAAGACAAGAGUCAACAGAGCGCCGUGGCGAGCUCCCUCGUCAAGCGGAGGCUUCAGGAAGUCAUCCUCAAGAAGCAGAAGCAGGCGGCGCUGGAGAGGACGAGCUCCAACACACUGAGCGCUCCUCCCGUGGCAUACAGGAAAGCGGGCCCGGACCCCGCCGCGUCCCCCCAGGCUCUGCUGUCGUCCCCGCCUCAGCCCCCGCCCGAGGGUCCGGACGGCACGCGGCUCCGCAGGGCAGCGUCCGAGCCCAACCUGAAGGUCAAGCACAAGCUGAAGAAGCACCUGAACACCCGCCGGAGCCCGCUCACCCGCAAGCAGAGCGCCCCGCCCGCCGUCAAGCACAGAGUGCCCGACACACUGGACUCGUCUCCCAGCAGCAGCAGCACGCCCGUCUCCGGCUGCAGCUCGCCCAACGACAGCCUGCCCAACGAGAACGGACUGCUGCCCUCUGCUGGAGGCCUCUCCCACGAGGCGCAGAAGCUGCUGCUCAGAGACGGAACUUUAGCCAACUUCACCGUCCAGAGUCCGUCCACGCUGCCCACCAUCACUCUGGGACUGCCAGCCAACUCCCGGGCCGAAGGAGAGCUGUCCUCCCUGAAGGUGGGCCGGGUGCCGGUGGUCACGGCGGGCGGCUCGCCGGUCUUCCUGGACCAGGCGGGGGCGGGGCAGAUGAACCCUCACCUGCCCGUCAUCAUCCUGGAGGCCUCGGGGCUCGUUCACACGCCGCUGCUCUCCGUUCCAGGCCCCCUGCAGUUUGCCCCCCAGGUGGACCACCUGUCUCCCGGCGGCGCCCAACCCCACAAGCCGCUGAGCAGGACGCGCUCGGAGCCGCUGCCCCAGAGCCCCCGCGGCCUCCACACACACCUCCUGCAGCAGCAGCACAACACGCAGCUCCUGGAGCGGCUCAAGCAGCAGACGCCCCUGGGAAAGCUCAUGUCCAAGUCCAGCGAGAAGCCCAGGCUGCACCAGAUCCCGUCCGAGGACAUGGACUCCGAGGACGGGGGCGGGACGUCCCCCACCGAGCCCGCCUAUCACGGCAGGAUGAGGGCGGAGUCUCUGAGGGAGGCGGAGCCGACGGCGUCCAAAUCCCAGGAAGAGCAAAUGAACCUGCAGCACGCGCUCAUCCUGAACCAGUCGUUGCUAUGGGAACAGCAGAAGCAGCUGCAGCAGCUGCAUCGGCAGAUGGAGACGCUCGCCGUGCCCAUGCUGCGCGGCGGCGGCGGCGGCGGCCUGGGCGUGCAUCGCCCCCUGUCCCGGACCCAGUCCUCGCCGGCCUCCACCUCCCUCACCCUGCCCGAGAAGCCGCUGAGCCUGACGGCACAGGACGCCGGCAGCAAGCCGCGCUUCACCACGGGUCUGGUGUAUGACUCUCAGAUGCUGAAGCACCAGUGUGCGUGUGGAGAUAACAGCAGCCACCCAGAGCAUGCUGGGAGAAUCCAGAGCAUCUGGUCCCGGCUGCAGGAGCGAGGACUGAGGGCGCAGUGUGAGAGCAUCCGCGGCCGCAAAGCCACUCUGGAGGAGCUGCAGUCCGUCCACACCGAGCGCCACGUGCUGCUGUACGGCACCAACCCCUUCAACAGACUCAAACUGGACAACCGCAAACUGGCCGGAAUCCUCUCUCAGAGGAUGUUUGUGAUGCUGCCGUGCGGCGGCGUGGGGGUGGAUAACGACACCAUCUGGAACGAGUCGCACACGUCCACGGCGUCCCGCAUGGCGGCCGGCAGCGUGGUGGAGCUGGCCUUCAGAGUGGCCAAACGAGAGCUGAAGAACGGCUUCGCUGUGGUCAGACCACCUGGACACCAUGCAGACCCCUCCAAUCCCAUGGGUUUCUGUUACUUCAACUCUGUGGCCAUCGCCGCCAAGCAGCUCCAGCACAAGCUCAGCGUCAGCAAGAUCCUCAUCGUUGACUGGGACGUUCACCACGGCAACGGCACCCAGCAGGUGUUCUACAGCGACCCCAGCGUUCUCUACAUCUCACUUCACCGUUACGACGAUGGGAACUUCUUCCCCGGCAGCGGCUCGCCGGCUGAGGUGGGCUCUGAGGCCGGCGAGGGCUUCAACGUCAACGUGGCGUGGACGGGAGGCCUGGACCCCCCCAUGGGAGACGCCGAGUACCUCGCUGCGUUCAGGUCCGUGGUGAUGCCCAUCGCCCAGGAGUUCUCCCCGGACGUGGUUCUGGUGUCGGCCGGCUUCGACGCGGCCGAGGGAAACCCCGUUCCCCUCGGAGGAUACAAGGUCUCCGCCAAAUGUUUUGGCUUCCUGACCCGCCAGCUGAUGUCCCUGGCAGGAGGUCGUCUGGUUCUGGCCCUGGAGGGAGGCCACGAUCUCACGGCGAUCUGCGACGCGUCGGAGGCCUGCGUCGGCGCGCUCCUGGGUUUACCGGACCCUUUACCGGAAGACGUCCUCCUCCAGAAGCCCAACGCCAACGCGGUCCGCUCUCUGCAGACGGUCAUACAGAUACAAAGUCAGUACUGGCAGAAUGUGAAGGCCUCCGCCGGAUCCGUGGGGUUGUCAUACCUGGCGGCGCAGAGCAGAGACUGUGAGGAGGCGGACGCCGUCAGCGCCUUGGCCUCGCUCUCCGUGGGAGUCCUUCCCAGCCAGAGCCUCCCAGAUGAGCCGAUGGAGCACGACAGCGACUCCAUGUAGGAAACUCCAACCAAUCACCUCGCAGAACUCAACCUUCAGGAACCAGGCCUUCCUGCGCUGUCGAAAAACAUGAAGGGGACGCAUUCGUGAAUGCCACUGACCGCCCCCCCCAAGCCUCUAGCCUUCCUCACACACACACACACACCAACACAAUGCUGAACCUCUCAUAUCUGCCUGUAUGAACACCUCAAUGCUGGCGAGCACUGGGCCGACGCCGGCGGCACUACCUGCAGCUGAGAAACCUCCGGAAACCUCACCAAAGAGCAAUACAAGUCCGUGUUGAUAGACUUCUCCUGUUUCAUGACUGACAUAUGUGUGAGAGUGUGUGAGUGUGUGUGCGGACCUUUCUCUUGAAGCACCAGCAACCGUUUGACUGCCUUCACUUUGCCUUAACAAAGCGACGUCGGGAUCCAGAGGAGGAGAUGGGAUCGUAAAUCCUCUCCCCGUUUCAGGAACCGGGGCUGAAGGAGGCAGAACCAACCGACUGUUUCAGCGCGAUCCAAACGCCUUUCAUGGAUAUGAUGCAAAAAGAAAAAAACAAUGUUUAAAAACUUCCAUGCAGAAGAGGAAGCGGUCAGAUCGAUGUCGUUUCAUGCAGUUUAACCACUAAAAGACGGCGACAAAGAACUUUGGAGGGAAGAGAAGGAAAGAUGAAGACACAACAUGGACAACUGUGGUUUUGUGUAAACAAAGAAAGGACAAUUGUCCUUUGUUGUUUUAUUGCACUGUUCAUUCCAUAAUGUGAACCAUAAGAAAUUCCAAAGCUCUGGGAAAAAAGACAGCAAAAAAACAAAACAAUUCCUCUUUGUUGAUUAUUUAAUGUUUCUUUUUUUCUUUCUUUUUGAUUUGGAUGAAAUGAUGUUUUUCUUCCCCCACAUUUCAUCUGAAAUCUCAUGCCGGAUGGUCUGAUCCUCGUCGCGGACGCCGUAGCCUGGGGUCGUAUUCCCGUCCCGAUGAAGUGAAUCCAGGAAGUAGGCAUGAUUUCUCCCAACAGGGCUGUUUUUCUUUCACUGCUGUUCGGUGUCUCCGAUUCACACGCGAACCCCCCUACACACACACACACACACACACAUUUCCCCAGCGAUGACAACGUCUUGACGUACCACUAGUAUUGAAUACUGUGUAUUAUUGUUUAUAUUGGAGACUAAAGGAGCGUUCAUUCCCACUGAGGACCAGCGUAUUGUUGCGCACGAGCAAUACUGUUAAUGCACUUAAUGGACAUCACCCAAAGAAAACUGCCUUAAAACAACCUGCACUUGGCAAAGGGACCGUAUGAAAGCAACACCAGGGGCUCUUACUCUUUCAAGACAAUGUUUUCAACCUGUGGAUUUUGGGGGAAACGUCACAUAUGCAGUCUUUUUGUAUGCUGUUUGCUUUACAAGUACGUUGACCGAGCCUGGUCAAGAAACCUGGAAAAAAAUAAUCUAAUUAAGGAAAACUGAUGAUUUGUAUUUGUGGGUUAUUGGAGAACAGUUUCAAAUAACUAAUUUUACAAUUAGAAUUAACCGUGCCGUGGUAAAACAGAGAACUCAUGCUGAUCAUUAACUUCACAUGUUCUUUUUUUUUUUGUUUUUGUUUUUUGUUUUGUUCUGUUUUUGUUUUCAAUCCGCCCGGCUCUCGGAGCAUGAAAGGAUUCUGCGUUCCAAAAAUAAUUCUUUUUUUUUCCUUUGUUUGUAUGUACUUGUCCAUCAACUAAUCAAAGUUGUGUAAAUCUUCAGUGUGACCAUUCAGAUGACCUGAUAGCUGAUCUGUCACUGUAGGCUCUUUAAAGGUACAGUAUGGAAGAACUGAACAAUGUGGUGGUGAGUUACUGUAUGGACCAACCACCCAGCUGUCAUUCAGAACCCUCAGAACCAGAGUUAACCAAGUGAGAAUCUUCACUGAAAAUGAGCUCAAUGCUAAAACGGCUCUCUGUACCACUGUGUAGUUUCAAAUACUGUUGAACUAUUAGCUUAAAAGUACUUGGAUUUUCGUUCAGAUUCGAAACUUUAACAGGCAAACGCCAGGCAUGAUCACGUUAAACUGGGGUCUUGUAGAUCCAGCGUGUUGUCAGGUUAUAGUGGCUCACUAUUUACACAGAGGUGUCAAUACGUCCAUCUGACUUAAACUUAACCCAUUUUCAGGUCGUUUCAGCUAAACGCAGAUAUACUGUACCUUUAGGAUCACUGAGCAGGAUCUUGACACUAAACUUUGCUUGAAACAGAGACGAAUCGUUCUGUAUUUGACUACUUUCUCAAUCUUUGUGUUCUGUUUUUGUUUUUUUGUUUUUUUGUUUUUCAUUGCAGAAACGGUUAGAAUUUGGCUUUCCUGUGAGUUUUCAAAACUCAGAAAUCAAAAAUAGGAAAGCCUGACGUGGAUUCAAACAGACACAUAUUUAGUUGUUUGCAACCAGCUGAAGUGCAGCAUUCAGGUCGAAAACCAUGUGAUUGUUUCUUUUCAUCCAACUCUGGGCAUCGUCUGCCCAAUAGAAGGCCUCAGAUUUUAACUUUUAACUUCCACUGUGGGACAGCAGGAAUCCCAGCUGAAGAUUGUGUCGUUCGAUGGCAGAAUGCCUGCUGUUGGUGGGGAAAAAAAAAAAAACCAGCGUGUGAAAGACUUGUGAAGGGUGCAGUUGCUCAU